AUGGAAGAGCUUCGGGGAACUCUACUCCAUGGCAUGAGCGCACCAGAAAGACUUGCGAUCACUCCUGAUUUUAUUCAGCAAGUACAGAACAUGAGUUGCGAAGAUCUACUUGAAGAUGUAAAACAUAUGGCAGAUGGAGAAAUAAGUGAAGAUAGUGAACUUACAAAUGACGUGCCAAAGGAAUCAGAAACAGUAGAAGAGUCCUGUUACAUCGGCCCAGAUCCAGAAUGCAGGCGUGUGCUCUUCAGACUUGGUGGGCAAAGUCCUUUGGUCUCCUAUUACCUGAAAAUGCACGAAAUACCCAAUGCUGCAUCAUAUUCCUUGACUUGCAAGAUUAAUCGUACGGAAGUUUACGAACUGCCAUAUCCUUUUUAA